AGGGGCACGCAGUGAGUAGACUCAAUGUUGCAUCGUUCGACUGCUGUAAUGUUAGAUUGCCUUGAUUAGCAGACAUCAUGGAGCAUGUUGUAUUGAAACACAAGAGGACAACUCUGGAAAGGGCUGAGAAGUUUAUAUCGGUGCAUCACUUCACAGACGUCAAUCUCAGAAGCAGAUUGUAUCCUAAGAAAGCAAGUUUGGCAUCUAUAUCGCACUUUGAGGCUCCAGACAGAAUUCCUGUACAGGAAGCUUUAGCAGGAACAUACAAGGAAGUUAAGAUCGGACAGUCAUUUGGACCAACUUGGUCAACACAUUGGUUCUGCCUGGACAUCGUAGUGCCUGAAGACUGGACGGGACAGGAAGUAUGUCUGCUGUGGAACUCUAACUCUGAGGCUCUGGUCUGGAGGGACAGCACACCUGUUCAGGGUUUGAGUGGGGAACACAACAGGCAUUCCUUCCCCUUGGCUAAUGGUCCAAUAUGGAAGAACCAAUGCAGACAGACGAUCCAUAUAGAGAUGGCCUGUAAUGGUUUGUUUGGAGCUGGUGAUAAUGGCAUGAUCGAACGUCCAGACCCCAAUCGUUACUUCACCCUGGCACAGGCGGAGAUUGCUGUGUUUGACCGCAGAAUCUACAAUCUUAUCAUGGAUGUGGAGAUGCUACAUGACAUGGCAAAGCACUUACCAGAAAACACCGAGCGAGGCUAUCAGGCUUUGUUUACUGUGAACAAACUCAUCAACACAUGUAACGUGGAGGAUUCAUCUACCUACCAGAGAGCCCAUGCAAUAGCAGAAGAGUUUUUUAAACAAGGCAAUGGGGCAAGUCAGCACACUCUCCAUGCUAUGGGGCAUGCUCACAUAGACACAGCUUGGCUGUGGCCGUAUGCUGAGACAAUCAGGAAGUGUGCGAGGAGCUGGUCAUGUACGCUACAGCUGAUGGAACAGUACCCAGACUUCACCUUCACUUGCUCUCAGGCUCAACAGUUUGAGUGGGUGAAGCAACACUAUCCUGUGAUGUAUGACAAGAUCAAGUCGUAUGUACAGAGGGGGCGCUUCAUACCUGUGGGUGGUACGUGGGUGGAAAUGGAUGGAAACCUUCCCAGCGGAGAGUCCUUUAUUAGACAGUUCCUGUAUGGACAGCUGUUCUUUCAAAAAGAGUUUGGCAAAACAUGCUCAGAGUUUUGGUUGCCAGACACAUUUGGAUACUCCGCUCAGCUUCCGCAGAUCAUGAAUAUCUGUAACAUCAAACGCUUCCUUACUCAGAAGCUCAGCUGGAGUCUCAUCAACAAGUUUCCUCACCACACAUUUUGGUGGCAGGGUAUUGAUGGCAGCAAAGUCCUGACACAUUUCCCACCCGGUGAUUCGUACGAGAUGAAAGGCCAUGUCAAAGAGGUUCUCUUUACUCUGAGUAACUACCGAGACAAGGGACGGUCUGGUCACAGUAUGUACCUGUUUGGUUACGGUGACGGUGGCAAUGGACCCUCGGAGAACAUGUUACAGAGACUGAGUAGGAUAGAGGAUACGGAUGGUCUCCCAAGGGUUAGGAUGAGUACCCCUGAUGAGUAUUUCUCCACGGUUGAGAAGAACGAUGGUGAUAAGUUAUGUAAAUGGACAGGAGAGCUAUACCUUGAGCUUCACAAUGGCACAUACACAACCCAUGCCAAGAUUAAAGAAUUAAACCGUAGAUGUGAGAUUUUGCUCCAUGAUGUUGAGUUACUGAGCUGCCUGGCACUGGCUGUUGGUCCUGAGAAAGUGUAUGACUACCAAGCAGAAGAACUUCUCAGACUCUGGAAACUCUUGCUGCUCAACCAAUUCCAUGAUGUACUUCCUGGGUCAUCUAUCGAACUGGUAUACAAGGAUUCAAAUAUUCAUUAUAAAGAUAUACAGAAGUCUGGGCAGGCACUGUGGAACAAUGCUUUUACCCAUCUUACUACUAGUCAGUCUGACCUCGGUCCACUAGUGGUCAACACACUCAGCUGGGAGCGGUCAGAUGUGAUCAGUGUCCCAAGAGAUGAGUUGGAGAGUAAGGAAAACCCAGAGAGUUCGUCCAAAAAACAGAAGCUUCAUAAUGAAUUGCUACAAUUAGAUGUCUACAGUAACAAUCUGGCUAUUGUGUUGGUACCCAGCUGUGGCUAUACAGGUCUAUCACCACAGGAGUGUCAGUUCCCUGUCAGGGUUGUCAAACAUGGAGAUCUUUAUCAGCUGGAGAACCAAUACCUGACUGCCGUUAUAAACUCAUCUGGUCAUGUGAUAGAGCUUAGUGUGCCAGGAACAAGCAGAAAUGCCAUCAGUGCAAGUCACCAUGGUAACCAGUUUGUGAUGUAUGAUGAUGUGCCCCUAUAUUGGGAUGCCUGGGAUGUGAUGGACUAUCACCUGGAGACCAGAAAGCCUGUGACAGAAGUGAUAGAAAGUGUGAAGAUCAAUGACCAUGGACCUAUCAGGGUGUCUCUAGAGUUUUCCCUGAAAAUCAGUGACAACAGCUACCUCAAACAAAUUAUUGUUCUGGAUGCCAUCACUCCCUACCUCAAAUGUGAAACACAGGUAACCUGGCAUGAGAACAGGAAGUUCCUCAAGGUUGAGUUUCCCACCUCAAUCACUGCCAACACCGCCACCUACGACAUUCAGUUUGGUCACCUUCAGCGGCCAAACCGCUUCAACACAUCCUGGGACUGGGCCCAAUUUGAGGUAUGUGGCCACAAGUGGGCAGACCUUUCUGAGUAUGGGUUUGGCCUGGCCAUACUCAAUGACAGUAAAUAUGGCUACUCCUGCCUGGACAAUGUACUCCGACUAUCAUUACUUCGCUCUCCCAAAGCACCUGAUAUGAAAGCUGACAUGGGAACACAUAAGUUUACAUAUGCAAUCAUGCCUCAUACUGGAUCAUUCCAAGAGGCAGGUGUAAUACAACAGGCCUAUAACCUCAACUACCCACUGUAUGUUCAGAAGAGAGUUGGAACAGGGGACACAACUCUUGUCAAAAACACGGCUCAAGACCCCAAAAGUUUCUUCCAACUGGACACCCCACAGGUGAUCCUAGAGACUGUCAAAAGGUGUGAGAAGAAGACGAGGAGCCUUGUGCUGAGGCUGUAUGAAGCUUUCGGCGGGGAGACUCGAGCCUGUCUCACUUCUUCUGUUCCAUUUACCAACAUUUACAGAUGCAAUGGCUUGGAGGAGUCGGUGCCAAAUGAAGAAACUGUCAGUGAAGAGCUCAAUGUCGGAGAUAAUGAUAUAACAUUCACCAUCAAACCAUUUCAAGUGCUUUCCUUUAUCAUUGACCUGUAAUAGAGGUCACCAGAUCUUCAAGGUCAUAACAAUCUACAUUGCCAGUGCCAAGAGCAACCUUUUUUUUAUGGAAGCAUCAUGUUGUAGUUGAAAAUCUGUUACAUGUCCUGUAUUACUUUUAUUUUAUGAGAGCCACAUUCUGGAUUUUAUUUUUUUACUUCAUAGGCAUUAACCAAACAUGUUAUUUUAAUCCAAUCUGGCCUUUAGGGCUAAUUAAGCAAGCUUAUGCUGCGGUGCUGAGUGUCCUCCAUCAACUUUUAAUUCAAAAUGCUAGUUGUCAAGAACGACGUAAAUGAUUUUUGACCAAAAUCUGAAACAUUGUUGAGGCAAGAGGAAUUAACAUUGUAUAAAUUGAGAUUAUGGCCCUCCUGGGGUUGGGGGGAGCACAAAUAAAGCAUUUUAACAUAAUUUGGUCUAGAACAUCCAUUGGCAAAGAGGAUCCAGCUUUGUGUAAGUUGAGGGUGCAGCUUUCUCCUAGGAGCAGAGAGGGCGUAACCCAUGACCAAUAGGGGAAAUACAGGUAAACAUUUGAAAUCCUACUCCUUCUGUAUUGGUAAAUGGAUUUUAAGAUAAUUUGGUCCCGGCAUCUUUUGGCCAAGGCCAUAGGACCAACAUAGUAUAAAUGGAUGGUAUAAUUUUCAUUCUAACUGGAGUGGUGUUUGGAAUUUGUAAAUCAGAAAGGACUACCAGAAUAUUAUUACAUGUGAUGUAAACCUUCUUAUAGUAUUGACUGGGUGGUGAAUUUUUCUGUUUCUUUAAAAUUGUUAAAAAAACAUUCUCAGUAGAAAUGAUUAUUGUCUUUUACAUCAAUAUAACGAUGUAUUUUUUAUAUAUACAAUGUACAUAUCAUGAUUGCAGCUCUGUAUUCAGUAGUACAAAUGAGAUGUGACUCAACUUAUUUUUUUACAGCGUUCUUCGUCGUAUUGUACAUGGUACAUAAGUGGGUUAAAAAGCUUUAUAUUUUACAUACAAAUAUAGAUUUCAACCAAAGUUGUAGCAAUUUUUCUUUUUUAAUCACCAAUGAAAAUUGUUUUUAUUAAAUCAUACAAAUCAGUACUUGUAUAAAAACUGUAUAUCCUUAUUAGUUACUCCAUACUAAUCUAUUGUUUAUAUUUGUUUACUACAUAUACACGAGUAUAUUGUAUCAGUGUCACAGAACUGCUUAUUAUAUACAGCAGCUAUAAUGCUAUAUGGUUUUUCUGUGUCUGUAAGUUAAAAGCUUGCUACAGCAGCUGUAAGAUUGGUGUGGUUCGAGUCAGGGGGAAGUUUGUUAUGGCAGAAUGAUGUAAACUAAUUGUUGGUCUGUGUCAGAUAAAUGUUUAUUACAGCUAGCAGCUGUAUUGUUAAUGAAUAUUUGCUACAACAGUUUUAAGGUAAAUGUAAAUGUUUGUCUGUGUCCGAGGAAUGCUUGAUACAAGGGUGAUAAGUUUAGUGUCAUCAUCAUGUGUCUGUGUCAGAUAAAUGCUUGUUACAUCAGCUGUAAGGUAUAAGUGUUGGUCUUUGUCAGAGGAAAGCUUGAUACAGUGGUGGUAAUUUUAGUGUCAUCAAUUGUCUUUAUCAGAUAAAUGCUUACAUCAGUUAUAAAAAAGUGUUUAGCUGUGUCAUAUGAAUACCUGUUUCAGUAGCUGUAAGGUAAUUUUCAUUCUGUGUCAGAAAAAUUCUUGUAACAGCUGUAUAAGGUUUAGCUGUGAAUCAUGAUUCAAGUGUUUAGUGAGAGGUGUUACAGGUGAUAUAGUGACAUAUACAUAACUGAUAAUGGAUCCGGUUCACUUAGUUUACCUGACAUGAAAUGCAUGUGGUGCAGCAUCUGUGUGUCCUCGACGUCUGUUUCCUUUAGUAUGGGGCCUACGUUCAUGAUGCAGUGUGUACUGUAGUUUGCUGGGUUGAGUUACUAUCAAGUUGGCGCAGGUAAUUGACAUUUACUCAUUUACAAGGUCAAGAGGUUCAAUAUGGUAACACCUUAAAUUCUUUUUCUACAAAGCCUUGCAUAUGAUGAGUAGUGUUGUGAAGUCGGUUUUGUUUGCUGGGGCGGGAGUCUGUUGAUCAGAUGAAUGACCUUGACCUAUUUUUAAGGUACUUAUAAUAUCAUAAGGGUCACUUUUCAAACUUUUAUACAGCAUCUUAUGAAAAACCACGAAGUCUAAGAAACAAAGUCACAUGAGUCUGAUGUGUACAGAUCUACAAAAAGGCUCUCCAAAUGCAUAAGGCCUAGAGUGGUGAUAUUUGGCAUUGGAUGAUUGGAGUGAAGGCUUAAAAUUUAGUGAAAUGUGUGACUUUGACCUACUUUUGAAGUCACAAGUCAAAUAUUUUAAAAACAAUUGACUUGUUCUGCAAAACCAUAAAUCAAAUAUGCCUAGUCAUCUUAUUUCUGGCAUAUACCUUGCUUGGGAAAGUGUUUUUGUAUUUGGUUGAACUUUGACCUACCUAGAAAGUCACAAUUGUUAAAUAUUUUAAAAUUAAAUUCAAAAACACCAAACAAUAGAAAACAGAUGAGCGAAUAAGGCCUAUGGGCAUCUAAUGGUGUUAUUCCUAGACCUGUCUGUUCACUACUGUUGGUGUAAACAAUGACAAUUCACUGUAGUUCUUUUUCUGUGUAUUAGUUAAUGAUGUGCAAAUAAGUAAUUGUUUUAAUUGAGGGCAAAAAAUAAAAACAAACAAUUACAAUAACAAAUACACCAAAUGUAAGCCUGUCAACAUUUUAACUGACCAGCCCGGUAUGAUUGUUGCUGAUGCUUUAUAUUUAUCCUAUUCAGGUAUUUAUAUAAUCUAGUGCAAUAAAUAGAAAUAAAGUUUGUUCUACCAAUUCUCUGACAUGAUGUCUAACUUUGAGAGUGCAAUCAUGACUGAAUGGAAUAAAAACCUAAUACUUUUCUUAUGUUAA